GUAAUAAUUUCAUUGAAAAAAAUGUCACGACUCCCCUCCCUAGUGAAAGAAUAGGUAGUUAAGACAAACACAGUUAAUGAAGAAUGGGACACAUCAUCACAUUAUUCUCUUCUGACCUCUACUGAAAAAUGAGCUCAAUAGUCCUGACCGUUAGAUUUUUUCACAAAGAAGAAACUCAUCGAGAUCCGACUUGAUCAAGAGCCUUAGACCAACCUUUAUCUCACUUCCAAAAACUAGUAACUAAAUCAAGACUGUAAAAGUGAACUGUGAGUCAGAGUCUCCAAGUUUUCAACUUUAGCAGUCAAAAGCUCCAAUAACCCCAUUCAUGGCGGACUACGAAACCAACCACCACCAUCACCACCAACACCAACAGCCAAUGAUCCCCAAGGAGACCGCUCUCCAAGCCUUAAACACCAUCAUCCAGCUCCAUUUCGAGAAGACCCUCGAGAAGAAACGCGCCAUAGACCUCCAGAAGAAGGAACUUCACAAGUUCUUCCUGCUUUUCUUCAUCUUCUUGGGUCUCGUCUUCUUGGCCGAAUCUCAGUCCCUUCGGCUCCAAUGUCGCCAUUGCUGGGUACCCAUUAUCCUCCUUUCCUUGGCCCAUCUUAUAUUCUACGUCUCCGUGGCACAGACCCUCAGAUGCAUCAAUGGGUUCAAGUACCAGAGGCGGUGCCACAAGCUCACCCUUGGACUCGCCACCGAGAAGCUCAGGGAGAUGAAGAUGAGAAUUGUUAAUGGUGGUGGAGGGCCUGGUGGAGAGUUUGAUGGAGUUGGGGACGACGAGUUCGAGAUUCAUUACCAGGAACCACCUGAGAGCUACUUUGGUAAGUUCAAGAGAAAUUGGGCUCUGCAUUUUGGCUUCUUGAUCCUGAUCUAUGGGUUUAUGGUUUCCUCUUCUGUUGUUCUUCUAUGCUUUUAGAUUUUUUUCCUUUAUUUUUUGUUGCAAUUAGAGAUUUAAAUUAUCAAAUGGGCAUUUAAUGAUUUGAUAUUUUUUUUGUUGGGGAUAUGAAAAUAUGGGACGGAAACGGAAUCCGACUCUGAAAUCAAUGACCAUAUUUGUUGGGUGCUAUAUAUAUGUAUUCCUUUGUUUCAGAAGAAUUAUUUCAGAUAUUCAUGGUUUUUUUUUUAAUUAUGAGAAAAAGAGGGAAGAUUUUGUAUGAGAAGGCCUUCUUGCUUU